AUGUCGUCUCGAAUCAAACCACCUCCCCCCCCACAUUCCAGAGCGAACAACGCUGGUAGGCCAGGUCUGUCCGAAGCGUUCCUGGACCAGCUCGAUGAAGUGUGCGCCAGUGGCUGGCUGCUGGCAUUCUGUGGCGUUAUGGCCCAGGUAUGUCUCAUCUCCCGGUAA